CAGCAACUGCAGUAAGAGGUAGGGCUGAGGCGUUGGGAAUUGCACAGGCAUCGCACAGAAAGACACACAGAUGUAGUCGUGUGCAUAGCCCUUGACAGCAAAUAGGUGUCACUAGUUAAAGGCAUCUGCUGAAAGACUUGGAACAGAAGAUGGCCACUCUGAACCAGACCAACUAUAAUACAGAGUCACCAGCAGCCCUGGAGGAGGCCAAGACCUCUGGUGCUCCAGGGAGCCCCCAGACACCCCCUGAGCCUCAUGACUCUGGUGGUUCCCUGCCCCUGACACCCCGGAUGGAGAGCCACUCAGAGGAUGAAGAUCUUGCUGGGGCUGGCGGUGGCCUAGGCUGGAAUGGUAGGGGUCCUCGGACCCAGAGCCCAGGGGGCUGCUCAGCGGAGGCUGUGCUGGGCCGGAAGAAGCACCGUCGGCGGCCAUCGAAGCGCAAGCGGCAUUGGCGGCCCUACCUGGAGCUGAGCUGGGCCGAGAAGCAACAGCGGGAUGAGAGGCAGAGCCAGAGGGCCUCCCGGGUCCGCGAGGAGAUGUUCGCCAAAGGCCAGCCCGUGGCACCUUACAACACCACCCAGUUCCUGAUGAACGACCGAGACCCGGAGGAGCCCAACCUGGAUGUGCCGCACGGGGUCUCCCACCCAGGCUCCAGUGGGGACAGUGAGGCAGGGGACAGUGAUGGGCGGGGCCGAGCUCACGGUGAGUUCCAGCAGAGGGAUUUCUCCGAGGCCUAUGAGCGCUACCACACUGAGAGCCUGCAGGGCCGCAGCAAGCAGGAGCUGGUGCGAGACUACCUGGAUCUGGAGAAGAGGCUGUCGCAGGCCGAGGAGGAGACAAGGAGGCUGCAGCAGCUUCAGGGCUGCACCGGCCGGCAGACCUGUCGCCAGGUGGAGGCGCUGGCUGCCGAGGUAGAGAGGCUGCGGACCGAGAACCAGCGGCUCCGGCAGGAGAACGAGAUGUGGAACCGAGAGGGCAGCCGCCGCGAUGGGGAGCCGGGCACCUAGGAAUGCCCCCAAGCGGUAGACCCAAGGAGAAGGUUCUAUUUCACACACACUUGAGCCAGCUGGUUCUCAAGGAGGCAGGCGGCAGAUUAAAGCCUUUCUCAGCACCCUGCGCCCCCUGAGAACAAUUAAAAUAGGUUCAGACUUCCACCUGGUCAUUUCCGCAAUUGGUUCUUCAAUGUCAUCUUACUUUUUACAGAGAAAUUAAACGGUCUUGGUGAGACCAAAUAGGA